AGUGAUAAGACUCCUUGGAAGAAGAGGACCGCAAACUACAGAGCUGACCCGCGACGUUGUUUCAGGACGUUCAGCGCGUGAGCUGGACUUUUUUGACUUUUGACUUUUUUUUUUUUUACGCGUCACGGUUAAAUAGACACUUGCCAAGAGAAGUCAAUUGGAUAUAUUUUGAAUAAAGCUGGACAUCCUUGGAAUAAUUUAAACUUUCCACACUUUCCGAGUGUCCCCGGAUACAGUUUUGUCUUGGGAAGUUGUGCGACUUGGAAAUGUCAUUGCAUGUUCUUUUGCUCAUUUAAAUGUGAACUAUUGCAUGCUUCUUUUUCGCCGUAAAACGCACACUUAAGCGCAAGGUGGACUAAAAAGAGAAAGACACGGACAUCAAGUUGAAGACAAAGCGCCUGCAUUGAAACUUGGGAGGUUCUUGUCACUCCUCCAGCACAGAGGAGAUCCUUUUUGUUGGUUGUCUUCUUCUCUCUUUUUACGGGGACUUAAAGUUGCGUGCCGCGGCACCGAGCGCGAGCGCUUUCUUCUCCCUCUUCCUCGGGAUAUCUCGUCUGGAGAAACGAACCGUGUGGACAGACCGUCGAUACGCGCGCGCAGUUCCGCAGGGCGAGCCGCUGUCCCCCCCCCCCCCCCCCCCCCCCCCUCCCCUCCCCGCGCGCGCAGUGCUGAGGAGAGAGGGACUCUCGCGCUUCCAUAAAUGCCCGGUCCGUCGAAGAGGCUCGAGGCUGGGCAGCAAGAUGAGCUCGUGGGUGCAGCUGCUGCUCGCGUUGCUGGCGGCGUGUCCGCGGUUCGGCGUGGCCGAGGGGGAGCCUCUGCCUGCAGCCCUGGUGGAGCUGGUUAGAAACAGCCCCAUCUCCUCCAUAGAGGACCUCCAGCUGCUGCUGCUCACUGACUCCGUAGACGAGGAGGACGGGACUUCUGCGGCCAAUGGAGGUCAGAGACUACCAAGGAGCCUCGAUGCCCAGCCGGCUCAGCAGGCUCUUUGCAAAGUUCGUACAGAGGUGGUUGAGGUCACCAGGGCGAUGUUGGACCGCAGCAACGCUAACUUCAUGCUAUGGCCGCCCUGCGUCGAGGUGCAGCGCUGCUCUGGUUGCUGCAACACCAAGAGCCUGCAGUGCGUCCCUGUCGUCACGCACACCAGAUACUUGCAGGUCAUGAAGAUUGAGUACAUCAACAAAAGACCCAUUUACGCUAAAGCCGUGGUGUCAGUUGUCGAUCAUGUGGAGUGCCGAUGCCAGCCGGCUCCACGGCCUCCUGCGCCCAAGAAGAAAUCCUCGCGCAGACAACAUAACCACCAGCAUCGGAACCACACGCUCAGCCAAGGACAUGGACAGGUCAAGGUGCACUCCAAGGAUGAACUCCAUCAGUGGGAUGAUCUGAAGCAGAACCAGAGGGCCAACCUGGAGGACCUCCUGGAGCAGCACUGGAGCCCCAGAGGAGACACCUUCACUCAGCCUGGAGAAGGGUACAGCCUGGCUGGGAAAGACACAUCUCGCACUGGAGAGGCGGUUCCUUUGGCUCCACAUUGGGCGCAUAAUGCCACCAGGCUCCUUGAGACUAAAGACCAAACUGAAAAUCUGGAGGAUGUGGAGAGGAAAAAUGGAAGAAUCUCAAAUGGCAACAAGACUGUUUCCUCGGUGGACAAUGUUGGCGUGGAGGUCAAGAACGAGUUGGUAGAAGGUGGGGAGGGGUUGCCGCUCCCCAGCACUGAAGGGACAGUUAACGAGGGAAACGGUAGCAGGGAAGAAGGCACGCAAACACGCAGUCCAUUAUGGCAAGACAACAAAUCCAAACUUUCAAAGAGCCACACGAGUGGAUCUUCUCACCUUGGUCCUGGUCAUCAGAACCCUGAAGCCAAGUUCAGUCCUACCGAGGCGCCCAGUGAGCGAGCUGGGAGCAGGUUACGAGCGACCAAAGAGCCAAAUCCAGAGCCUCGAGAACAGGCGAGACGGAGAGACAAUGACACUCCUGAGGAGGUGAUGAUAUUACAGACUGAGGAAGAAAAAGUGGAGCAGGAGAGAAAAGAGCUUCUACUUCUCCACAAGAGGCUGGACCAAGAGAAGGAGAUACUGAGACAGCAGCAGAUGAAGCAAGAGGAGGAGGAAAGGCAGAAAGAAAAGGAAAUGGAUAGCCAACAUCACCCGCAUGGUAAACAUCGUCAUCAUCUGCAAACAACAACAACACAGGAUCCAGCGACAACAUCUGCGACAACCACACGGCGGCCCCCAGCUCCAGCGAGCCCCAGACCCCCAGCCCGUCCAAAGAAAAGGAUGAGGAAGAAUCGCAAACGGAUCAGCAAGGCAGCUAUGAGAGCAAUGCUAAUGUAGAGCUAAAAUAAAGCCAAGACACCAAGGGAACUUGGUGCAGUUCGUGGAUCCAGAGGUGCAGCGGAGUGACUCCCUUCAUAUAAGUACUUAUUCAGUAACCUGCUCGUCCUGUGAGAUCUCCUCCAUAACACUACUAAUGACCGCCUGGUGAACCUGUAACUACACCCGUGUGGAGUAAGACGAGGGUAAGAGGAAAAUGGAAUAUACCUAAAAAGUGGACCUUGUCAAGAAAACGUGCUUGCCUCUACUGCGACAGUUGCUGGUAUGAAGACGGACAGAUUGUGUUCAAGCACUCAACCUGUGGGGCACUAAAACGGCAUCGCUGUAGAACUGUGGACAAUAGUGCAAUUUCAGAACUCUUCUUGAAACCUUGUUUUGAUAUCAACAAAGAAAAACUGCACUUAAAUCUUGACAGAACCGAGUCUAUAUGGGGUUCAAAUGACAAAGUCUGUUGCUGAAAGACGCCUUCGAUAACCACAACCAGAUGGACGACUAAGGACAUUUGGUGGAAAAAGGGAUAUUUUGUGUCAUUGAAGAUUCUGUUUUAUUUUAAUCAGAUAAUAUCAGAAACAAUCAUCUGCAACAAAAAGUGAUGUUGACUAAAAAUAUGCAUUAUCUUCACAUACUGAGGGGCUCAGUGUCGGAAAGAUAAAGCUGUGUAGAUUCACCCUACCAAGCCCUGAUAUCAUUCAUUAGCUCCGUAAAACACAGCGAUGGUCUCAUUAACCGUAUUUAAUUAUAUUUAACUCAUUGCAAACACUGGAAUUACACAGAUGUGAUACGAGAACAAAAUCACAAAUUGUUGCAUUGCAAAAUCUCAUCACAGAUGUGAGGGAAAAGGUGCUAUCUAAAUACGAGGUGAUAGCAUUAUACCUGUGACCUGACGUCGCGCUAUGUUUCUUAUUUAUUUAUCUCUGCCAUUUUCUUUGGAUUAACUUUUUUUAUACAACAUGCGACCAAACAAGAUGUGGGCCGUUAUGGCUGGGUGGCUCAAACAGAAAGAAAGACAGCAAGAUAAAAAAGAAAAGAAAAGAUGAAACACUUCUGUGUCCUCCCAGGAUCAUGCAGUGUUUCACUUCUAUGUCAAAAAAGUGUUUGUUUUGUAUGACCAAGAGUGUGUGCGUGUGUGUGUGUGUGUGUGUAAGGGCUUGAGCCCACACCGACACUGCAUCUAAACGCUCAUGGAGAAGCAUUAAUAUGUUUGUCUCUUUCUCUCUUGGAUAAAGAUGUGUCUCUCUUUCACUGAAAUAUUCAUAUUCCUUUUAAACUCUGGGAGGAUGGAAAAAAACCUGACCUUCACAUUUUACUUCACGUGCCCACACUGCAUUUGUUUUGUUUUAAUAAUCCACAACACGUUGUUUUUGACAUUUCAAUUGCAGGAAAUGAGAAGGGUCAAAACAAGAACAUCAGAAAGAUACACAAUGCACAUCUAGAUAAUGUUUUUAUGUCCUUUAUAUAUCCAUUAGUAACAACAUGUGGAAACAUGCUGGUGAUGCUAUUUGUGUCCAAUAAUCCAUAAUCGGCCAAACACCUUAAGUUAUUGAAAACAUGACCCGCACGUGCUUUAUGCCAACUUACAACUGUUUUUGUCUCUGUUUUAUUAUGGCAAAAAAAAACUAAAUGUUUGCAAUAAUUAAUGCUAUUUUCAUAUGGGUAUAAGAAGCUAAUGUGCUUAAA